AUGAAGAAGGACGAGGAGGCGCAACACAAAGGAUUCUUACGCAAAAACGAGAACGUAGGGCAAAGACCUCUAAGUGUGAACGAUGCAAAGUCAGUGAGAACGGAACGAUUAUCGAAACAGACAUUGGCGGAGGAGAUAAAAUGCCCGCUUUCCAAUUUUGCAGAAGUUUUUUUUAAAUUUUUAAUCUUUGGGGCCCUACAUGCUGUCAUUGCAUGUGAUAACAUUUCAAGAGUAAACCAUGAACACUUUCAAUUUCAUAAAGCAUCACGACAUCCUUCACGAAUCAAUCAGCAUAUCAAAUUUCGUGAUCAAUGUUUUUCUUUGCUUUUCUUUUUCCAGGGAGAUGCUUUGUGCAAGGAUUGUUUUUACGCUGCCUUUGAGAGUGAGAUCCAUCACACCAUUACAACAGGGAAGCUAUUCACCAGAGGGGAAAGAGUAGCUGUCGGAGCAUCGGGAGGCAAAGAUUCCACAGUAUUAGCUUACGUGUUGAAGCUACUCAAUGAAAGAUAUGACUACGGUCUUGAUCUGGUUCUACUCUCUGUUGAUGAAGGAAUUACAGGAUACAGAGAUGACUCACUGGAGACUGUGAAAAGGAACCAACAACAGUAUGAUUUACCCUUGAAGAUUGUCUCAUAUGAGGAGUUAUAUGGCUGGACAAUGGAUGCAAUUGUAAAGCAGAUUGGUUUGAAAAACAAUUGUACAUUCUGUGGUGUGUUUAGACGGCAGGCCUUAGACCGAGGUGCAAUGCUUGUGAAUGCAGACAAGAUCGUCACAGGACACAAUGCUGAUGAUAUUGCUGAAACAGUUCUUAUGAACAUCCUCAGAGGUGACAUUGCAAGGCUGAGGAGAUGUACAGACAUAAUAACAGGUGGAGAAGGAGCGUUGCCCCGAUGUAAACCAUUCAAAUACACCUAUGAGAAAGAGAUUGUGAUGUAUGCAUACUUCAAGAAGCUGGAUUAUUUCUCUACGGAGUGUAUCUACUCUCCCAAUGCUUACCGAGGUUAUGCUAGGGCGUACCUGAAGGAUCUUGAGAAGAUCAGGUCCACAUCCAUCAUUGAUAUCAUUCAUUCUGGAGAGAGUCUAUCCAUCAAAAAGGAUGUUAAAAUGCCUACUCAAGGAACCUGCUCAAGAUGUGCUUACAUCUCCAGCCAACCGGUUUGUAAGGCUUGUACACUCUUAGAAGGACUCAAUAAAGGCCUGCCAAAGCUUGGAAUCGGUAAACCACACAAGGCGAGACAGAGAUUGGAUGCUGUUGAUCACAAGGCAUCAGGAGGCUCAUCAAAGCCCUCUUCAUCCCACCUACCAAUGUCUUCAUCUUUAUCGGUAGCAACAUCAUCGUCGUCAUUAUCAUCAAAUACUGCUGAAGUGAAGCAGGUUGUCGACUUCUGACAGGCUCAGGUUCUAAUCAUCAUAAUAAAAAUAUAUAUUUUUUUAAUGUAUCGGGACUGAGUGGCUGCAUACGUGGGUUGAGACCAAAUACGAAUCAUUUGUGGUGCCUUUAAGAGAAUUGUAUCCUCCUGUUUCCAGUGAGGGCUCUUUAUUGAAUUAGGUUUAACUGGGCUUUUAUUUAAACAAUGAAAUAGAUAAUAAUGUUGCUAGUACUUAGCAGGAAUAUUUCUUUUACAUGCUUAUGAAUAUUUAUCUUGCUAUGAUUUCUCCCACUAUCUGAAGAAAAGUUAAAUAAAAGUUGAUAUAAAAAUGAAUGCCUUAUUUUUCUGGUAGGAAAAAUUAUAAAUGUAUAAUAUCCUCUUUCACAACAAUCGUACAAAACUGUAUAUUCUAUUUUUUUUUUAAUUUGCAACCCGCCAUUUGUUGAGCUGAAUGGUAUUCUGAGGCUCAAUGUUGAUUACGCCGCUACCAAAGAAGUAGCGGCUAUGGUCUCGCUUUGCUGCAGGCGAGACAAAAACGCAAGCAGUACAGAGUGAACUUGAAACAACUUUUGAUACAUGCAUUUCACAUGUUGGGGGAAAAAAGAAAGAGAAUAGUUGGGGGAAAAAAGAAAUUGAAAAAAAGAAUAAAGAAGAAUACAAUCUGUAGUAUCCGUUUUUAUGGAAUCUCACAAAAUAAUAAAUAGAAAAACGUUGAGAAUUUAUUCUCCAUUAAAACCUUUUGUUGCAAGAUGUGUCAUUGAAAUUUUGUUUGAUAGCAAAAGAAGAAUUGUAAAGCAUCACACUCUGGGAUAAGCGCUAACUUUUAUUUUUUUAAAUUAAAUCUCUUGAAAUAAUGAAGAGAAAAAAAGUUGUAAAGUUUAUUCUCCAUCAAUCCCAACCGUUGUAGUAAGUGGUGUUUUAUUUUGUCUGAUGACAAAAGAAAAAAGUGUGUCCCAUCAGAUGGGUGCUAUUUAUUCUUCAUUAUGCCUCUGAAUUAAUUUCUUCUUGGCCUUAAGAACCAGCUGAGGGUAAGAUGAGUUUAAAUUUAUCCUCUGGGUAUUGUGCAGACCAUUCCUUCAUUAGAAUUUCAAAGUUUUCUCGGUCCAACUUAGAGUACCUACAGACAAAAGGAAUGUCGUACUGCAAGAUCCAUGGACGAGGAUUUUUCACCAGAUCUUCUCCCGUUGUGGGGGUUUAUACAUGUAUAUCAGUGGUGUAGAUGUUUUAGUAGGUAAAAAUUUUCAGAUGUAUGUACGCUUUAUGGUCAAGUGUUGUAGUUCUUACGAACACUAUCUUUUUAUCAAUUCACAUUGUAGUGUUGGUGCCAUGAACUGCCAUCCCUUCAAAGCAAACAAAGCUCGCAACAUCUUUUUCAUUAAGUUUCUUGCAAUUUUUUUUUACGUACACUUUGUUGUGACUUGUUGAGUUUGGGUAUUGAGGGUAAUUCAUUUUUCGUUUCCACACGUCAUAAAACAAAUUGAGUGUGACAUCCCCUCUAUUCAAUCGAACUGUCUUUAAGAGGUGAACGAAAGGUUCACUAUUAUAGGUUGAAAAACUUGCGUAU